UCAGCUAAGGAGAAACUAUUCUUUUGCCAAUAUCAAGAAGAGAGCCACAGCAUGCUGCUCACCAUCAUUGGAAUAGACCUGGUUUCUUUCAUUGCCUUUUCUUACCUUACUGCCUGGAUAGAGUUGACGUGGAGAAGAUGUCUAGGAUUAGAAGACGCACUCAGAAUAAAGGAUGGAUCAUUUAAGACUGAGCUUCCAGUGAUCAGCCUGGUGCCUCGAUGGCAAGGCAUGUUCAACUGAAGUACUUAGGAGGAACAGCCGUACAGGAACAGCGAGCACGGUGGGAAAGAAAGAGGAUUCGGACAGCAAAAGAGUUAAUUGAGACUGAACGGAGGUACUUCGAACAGCUGGAGUUGGUUGUAGUGUAUUUUAUAGAGAUUUUAAAGGCAAAGGGGACUCUGCAACCAGCAGCACGAGAUGCCAUAUUUUGUACCUUCAAGUCCAUCCAUUCAGUAAAUAGGGCACUGUUGAGUUAUCUUGAAGAUGGGAAGCUUGGAUUGGGCUUUGACAAUUUCUGCCCUCACCUGAAGUUGUACACCACCUACACAGAUAAUAUGGAGCAGGCUCUCAAAGUCUUGCAGGGACAAAUAAAGAAAAAUAAACAAUUUGCACGAUUUAAAAAGCUCCAAGAGUCUCGACCAGAAUUCCAAGGGCUGACAUUAGAAGAUUUGCUUCCACUGCCUUGUAAACGUAUUCAUCAAUACAAGCAUCUGCUGCGAGAUUUAAUUGGAAACACCAACCCAGAUGAUCCAGAGUUCCAGCAACUUGAAAAUGCAGUAAAGGCAAUUUCCGAAGCUUCCCAGCACAUUCAAGACCAAGCUCGGAGGCAUGAGAAUUACCUGCAGGUGCUAAGGGUGCAGAAACUGUUGAAAGGACAAAGGAGCAAGGUGUUGGCUCCAGGAAGGAAAUAUAUCCGUGAAGGCUGGCUGACUACUGUGCCACCUAAGGGUGAGGAGUUGAAACACAGAAUGUUCUUUCUGUUCUCGGAUAUGCUGCUGAUGACCAAACCUUGCCACCCGCUCCACCCUGUGCAUUCUGACAAGUUUGUCUGGCAGAAGGCCUACCCUUUGAUUGAGGGCACUGUAGAGAAAGUCUUUGGACACACUGAGAGUCAGGGAGGACUGAUUAGCCUAACCUUUCCUGAGGAAAAGGUCCUUGUAAUGUCGAAUGACCAAGAAGACAUCAACAACUGGUAUCGGUGCCUGUCUGCUGCCAUUGGGCAGUUGCAAUCCCGGUCCACUGUCAUCCAGAGGAAGGACGACCUGGCGAGAAGACCGUUGCGGUCAGCUGAAAGCUCAACACAGAUGAACGUCGCCUCACCUACCCCGAAAGCUGGCAGCAAGCGGUAUUUGAGUGAUCAACCAUGUAAGGAUCCAAGUCAUACCAAGAAUGACCAAACAGAAGUAAAACGAAUUAAGCUGAUGCCAAAUCCCACUGUGAGGUUCGAUGAGACUAUCUCCAAUGAAAAGCCGCCAGGAAACGGUUGUAUCAUUCUGUAAAGUUUCCAUGCGUCAUAAAGGGCUGGACUCUAUUCUGUACAAAGAAGAUGAGCUGAAACAUACCAUGUUUGAAGAAGGCUUGUAAUGUACCUUGAAUCAAAACUGAAACUGUUGAUUUGUACCUGAAUGUUUCGUUGUCCAAACUGGCAGAGGAUGUUACCCUUGAAAUUUACAAAGCCAUGUAGUUUCCUUAUAUGAUUCACUGUCUGAUUCCUGCUGUAUACUAUAAAGUGCCAGUGGUUCUGCAAGACAGCUUGUGCUGGGAGUGAAGGAGUCAACCAUGCAGUUAAUGUUAGCUAACUGCUCUAUUUUGAAUCCUAGCAGGUUUUGCUUUCAACCAUAAGCAGUUCAGUUCUACGCUCCAAUACUGUUGCUUGAAUUUCCUGAACCUGGGGAGAAAUAACUGUUCUUCGUACCACUGCUAUAUUAGUGGAUGCAUUCUCAAUGAAAACACAGAAGUUUUUUGGUAUAAACAAUCUGAGCCAUUGCAUGUUAGCAGAAGGUUGGAUGUUGAUCUGGAUUAGCACAAUUACAAGCACUAUUUGAUAUCCGUGUAAAGGACAUUAUGAAUGGUGACGCAUUGCCACGAAGAGAGGCCAUGAGUGGCUGGCAUGAAUUGAAGGACUUUUGAAGCUGGUUAGAAAUGUGCUGUGCAUUGAAAUUUGAAAUUGAGACUUGAGCUAAAAGAUGGCACCGAUACUUGCAAUGUUAACCCUCAAUUGCUCCCACCUUUUGAACUCUUGGCAAGCAGCCAUUGUGAAGGCUGAGAAUUUGUUAACAUGCACUGGCACUAAUCCGACUUUGAAUUACAGAGGUGUGAUGCCUCGUGAACAUCUAAAUAUCCCGACUUGUGCUCAUGACACACCAAAGAGAAAUAUCCCCUGACUGAAAGCCAUUUAAAUUGGCAUUGAAUUGCCAGACAUAUACCCAUGCAAGUGAUCAGUUCAGAACCUAAUAAACCAGCAGGCAAUAGCAAUUUUGAUCAAGCAGGUAUGAUACUGGUGCCGUUGAAAAUACUAUUUAAUGAGCAGAUCCUGAAUGCUCACAUUGCAAGCCAGGACAGAUCUGCCUCAAACAAGGAACAAGUUUUAAUUAAUGCUUUAAUGAUGUGUCCUCAAUUAUAGAUCACCACUGAUUAUAUUAGCACUAAUUGCUUAAUGUUCCUUACUUGGUCAUUACUAAAAUAGUUAUUAAUUUGUGAUACAGGCUAAUGAAUAAGAAACUUUUUUCAGAUAUUUUAUAAUCAUUAGGCUGAGGGAUACUUCUCAGCAACAUACGAGUUUAAUCUUUCAUUGCGAGUACCACUUAAAAUACAACUUGACAAAUUAUGGGCUUCUGUGCUUUAAGGAAUUGCGGUGGGGAGAAUAUUAAAGAAAAUUUGAAGUAUUCUAUAAAAUUACCUCUAUUUAAUUCAAAGCAUAUAUUAUUUGUUUAAAGAAAUGUGAUACUAAUAUGAUUUUUGUUUGCAGGGAACAUGAAGGGAAAAAAAUCUUCAGUCAUCUUGCUGAGUGGUUUUAGUAGCCAUUGGCCAAUUUUGGCUGCACUGUUACUUAUUAAAAAUGUUUGAAGUUUUUGAUAAUACCCCUUCCCCCAUCACUUAAAACAAAAAUGUAAGCUCUGUUAAAACUGUCAGCUGUCUAGACAUGUUAUUUUUAAGAAGAUCCACUGCUCCUUUGAGGUUUGUCUGCUCAACUCGCACUUUUUAAAAAAACGUUGAGGAAUCAAUUUUAAAAUAAAAUUUUGCUGAAAAAUAAAAGGGCUAGCAUUAAGUUGCAGAAAUUGGUUUGCAAUAAAGAUCGCAGAGCUGCUUCCAAUGAUACCUCAGUUUCUAUGACAAAUGUGAAGAAUUUUACUGAUACUUUUGCAAACUAAAGAGGAAUAAAGUUACAUGCAAAUUUUGUGUCAAGCUAUUUAUAUUAUUACUAAACCUUGCUCAUAAAUUUCUUUGAAAUACACUGGAAUCUUCUGUCUAUCUUGCUGUAUAAUCAAAACUGAUUGCUAAAAUAGUCUAAAAUAGUUGUCAGAUGUGUUGUGUCAUGAAGUGAGGGUGAUUGCCACACCAUGACGAGGAUAUGGAUUAAUGUUUGCAGCCUCCAACACAGUAGAUUUCUGGUUAAGGUCAGGCUGCUUGGAGAAAGGGCAAUGUUCCUAAGCAAGAGAAGGAAGUAGUGGGAUGGAGCAGGUUGGCAAAGCAAGCUUGGGUUUAUGUGCAAACUGUCAAUAAGGAAGAAAUCUACAAAAGAUUAGGCAGCCAACCUCCUUCAGAAAAUGCUGCUCAUUUUUUUUUCCUCAGUGAAAUUCUUAAUUACUCUCACUAGAGUCCUGGGUUAAACCCCGACCUUGGGACCUCUCUGAGUGGUUGUAAGUGUGUUCUCCCUGUUACUACAUGGGUUGCCUCCAGUUUCUCCCCACAUCUUAACUUUGGUUGGAUAAAUUGCCCCUAGUGUGUAGAUUAGUGGUUGAGUCUGGUGGUGGUGGGGGGGGGUCAUCGAAGAGAAUAGGAGUGGAAUAAUAAAAUUGAACAAAUCCAGGCUUAGUGUAAGAUGGUUGAUUGAUGUUCAGUGCAGACUUGAGGUGGAGCUUAUUUCUGUGUUGCAUAUCCCCAAGAUUUGAUAACCAAAAACAACCCAGGUUAUUUUAUUUACUGAUAUGAAUUACUUUGUUGCUAAAAAUUUGCAUCAUACUCAAAUGAUGAAUGAUUGAAAGAUGUAAUAAGCUGCUGACUUACCAUGAAUGCACAGCAUGAUUUGGUGGGAAGGCAAACAGUGUGUUAAUCUUUAUUGCAAUAUGAUUUUAUGAUUUCAGUACAACUGUGGGGCUAUUUUUCCCCUGGUGAGGCUGCAACUGAAAUAUAGUUUGCAAAUCUGGUCUCACCACCCAAGGACUGAUUAACUUGCAAUAUAAAGUGUGCAGCAAAGUUUCACCAAACUGAAUUUACUGUGUGACGAGAGAUUAAGCAGACUGGCCCCAUGAUCUUGAAUUUAGAAGAACACGAGGUGUUCACAUAAUGUAUGAAAGGGCUGGGCAGGAUUGGUGCAGAAGUAGGUUUCCUUUGGCUGUGGUCCCAAAGACCAGGGCGCUCAAUCUCAGAAUAAAGGAUCAGCCAUUCAGGACAGAGAUGAGAAUAAAGUUCUUCAAUUGGUGAAGCUUUCUGCACGCGCCCCCCCCCCACCAGGGUGCGGAGGCUGAAUUUGUUCAAGAACAUUUUAAGAGAGCAACAGGAUUCAGGUCGAUGUAGGAAAUGGCGUUGAGGUAGA